GUUGGGAGCAAUGCGUCUAUUUACUGUGUCCUAGGGAGUUUUCUUGAGUUUCUGCCAGAUUCGAGUACAACAACUCCAGAUUUCUCUUUGAUUACAAAGUACUCAUCGUCGCGACACUCGGCUAACCUGGGAUCCCUAUACGCGAGCAGCGUGUCCCCUCGAUUUGUGUACAGUGAUACUCUCCGCGAUUCACCUGGCCAACCCUCAAGAUGCCCACCAUGUGGCUCUCAGACAACCAAAAAAUUGGUGUUAUCUUCUGUUCAGCAGGGGGCCUGUUCCUGUUCGGAGGCGUUCUGAUGUUCUUUGACCGUUCGCUACUCGCGAUGGGAAACGUCCUUUUCCUCAUCGGCUUGACGUUAAUCAUUGGAGUCCAACGGACACUCGCCUUCUUUUCGCGCCGCCAAAAACUCAAGGGCACUGCCGCCUUCGCAGCAGGCAUCCUCCUCAUCCUGUUUCGCUGGCCACUGAUAGGUUUCCUCGUCGAAUUAUACGGUCUCUUCAUCCUCUUUGGCGACUUCCUCGUAACAAUCGGUCAAUUCGCAGGGAACAUCCCGGUCGUUGGUCCUUAUAUCAAGACGGCAUUGGAGACUCUGGCCGGUGGCAGACGGAACGCAGAGCUCCCGGUAUAAUGACCACAACGCACGCCAGAGAUCGGCUGUCCUUGGGCGAGAGUCUACCCCGGGGGACUAAAAGGAGUAUCCACGAUGUUACGUGUACGACUAUACAGACAUGAACGAUUUCAGACGGCCAUGACACGGCAUGAAGAUCACGACCACUUUCGCAGCUUCGCUUCAUCAGAGGUUGAGCGGGGCCAAAAGGGAUGGGUCUGUGUGAGCUGAUGUGAUAUAAAUCUUAUACUUUGUAAUUACUAAUCCUUCGUGCGUCGGUAGCAGUCUCCUGCCACUGACUCUUAUCUUUCUUUGAUGCACUAUAUAAUAUAUAGAAUAGAAACAGGCAAAUCCAACG